GAUUAGAAAGGUGACCCUAAAUAUACUCUCUCCUUCUUCCUCCCUUUUUCCCUGAAAAAUACAAUGCCGACACUGCUUAGGGGGACUUAAUUGACCUAGAUCAUGAAUACUCUCUCUAAGGCCUCAAUCGGACGUACUAUAAGGAAUAAUCUUUGGACUUUCUCUACAGGCUCUUUAUAUGUGAUACCGAUAUGCCACCUAAACGGUAUGACGAGCUAGUGUGUUGCUAUAUUAGCACCAUCAAUUACUCCUUUAAUGAGAGCAAUCUAUUGAGAUUGAAAAGGAAAAGGAGUAAUAGUGAUAGGUUAAUAUGGAGGCUGAAAUAUAGUAUUGGAUUUGACAUGCUCGCAGAUAGGGGUAUGCUGAAGUUUAAGGUUCUAGGACCAGAGAAUAAGGAGAUUAGGGAAACCAGCAUUAAUUAUGAGUAAACUGGCGCUCGGGCUAUAUUUUGGAUUUCUACUGCAGAAGAUUCUCAUCGCACGCCAGAAUAAACCACUAUAGUGGAAUAAUCUACAUAUAUCACUUCAAGAGAUACAACAGGGUUGAAUAUAUACACAGAGGCUAGGCCCUUCUUUCAGGUCUAGAGGUCUUCUAC